GCAAUAUACAGUAUUGAACAUAUCUAAAAUGUAUCAUGAUUGAUGAAAAAUACAUCCAGAUGAAACUACUUUAUACAAACAUAAAAAAAAUACAUUUGAUCAUAAUUUACUCAUCCACACGUUAUUCCAACUCCUUAUUUACUUUCUCACAUGAAAACAGACAUUUUGAAUAAUGUAUUGGUUGUAUUUGUCCAAGUAAUUACAAUGAAAGAAGCCUGGAGCAUUCAAGUCUUUAACAAAACAAAAACACCAUAAAUGCAUCAUUAAAGUCUCAUAAAAGAGUCCAUUCCUUGUCUGUGUUUUAUACACAAAUGUCUUCUGAAAAAUAAAGAUCAUUUCCCUUUUUAUUUUCCACUGAGGAAAUAAAGGCAGGUUUGGAACAACACCAGGGUGAGUAAAUGGUGACAAUUUUCAUUUUCUGUGAACUAUGUGUAUUGGACAAAAAAAAUGAAAUUAAAAUAGUUUGCACAUGAAUGAUUCCGAUUAGAAUUAAAGUGCUUACUGUAUAAACAUAGAUCACCAUGUUAUUAACACAAAAUUAAUUCAUCUUUAAAUUGAGUUUCUAUAGCCUACCAAUUAUGUCUAAACGAAGUCGAGCAAAAGAGUGAGUGCAAGAGGGUUUCAAAAGUAGCCUAUACUCACCAGAACUGGCUGAAGAGCUAAAUGAAAAAGCUUUAAUGAAGUAAUGUGUUCCCGCGUGUGCGUGUCCUCCGUGCGUAAGCGUAAAAGCACCGACAGCGUGCUGCACGCUCCGCUAUUGGUCAGCUGAGCGCACGCACUAGAUUGCGGAGGCUCUGCGUUGCAUUGCCAGUGAAAGCAGCUGCGCUAUUAGGAGACACGGGGGAGUAGCGUGACGUUCACUUCAACGGAGCACAUGAGACGUACAUGGGAUAUAAUAGGUUACACUAUAUCUACGGUGGUCUGUGUUCGGAUAUGCAGUCUUAAAACGAAGUGGUGUGAUGGAUAUCAUUUCUAGACGCUCCAAAAUCCUCAUGAAGGUUAAAGCCAAAAUCCUUCAGCCCAGCAGCAUCUUCUCAGCGUACGACAGCUGCAGUUGUGUGAUUCGUGACAUCGCAUCCGUAUGAGGAAAAUGACUGGCACACUGUAAAGCAUCUGAUACUAUUCCCCCAAGAAGAAUGCUGCAACAGAACAACAACAAUAACUGCUUGGACAUGGCCCAUAGAGAGCUACUGCAUGAAUGCCGGAGAACCAAUGUCUCAUUCGCCAGUGCCCUUGAGUUUGGAGCCAUACCCCUGAUUAAAGGCCUGAGAGCAUGGGCUGUUAGUGGCGGCUACUCUAAAGCCAGAAGAAAGGCUGCUAAUGGAUCUCGGGCACAGGGCACAUGCCAACAGCCUCCUGAAAACAGGGUAGGGGAGAGAAGCUGGUCAGGUCAAGUCAGCAGUGGCUAUGGGCACACACUGGAUAGCACAAUUAGUGCAACCAGAACUCCAGGGGUCAGGCAAGGCGGUCUUGGUGCUCUUGUAACUGUGGCCACUUUGAAGGGCACUGAGGCGGGUGGCAGGCAGACUCAGACACGCUGCCUCUUUCUCAAGGCCCAGGGAAGGGGAAGCUACAUCUGUGCUGUUGGAAACCCCGGGACUGGGACAAGAGUCACGGCUCCACGGACUCAUGCUGUCAUUCUUGAAGGGACAAAGGAAGAGCUUAGAUGUUCCUCUAAAGGGCAGAAGGUGAGCCAGGAUGGGCCAGACGAUGGUGGAUUGUUCAAGGCCAAGCCCAGGGCCAUACGAAAAUGGAGGAAAUGCGGUAAACCCACAGAGAAGAGAACAGCGGCCCACAGCAAAGGGGAAAACGCUAGUCAGCACAGUGACCAAAAAAAUGCAGUGAUUUCAGAUGCACAACCACUUAGCAUAAUAGCAGAUAACACAAAAUCACAAGGCCUGAUGGGUAGCUAUCCAAGUCAGGACGACUUGAAGUUGAAGGGCAAAGACAAAAGGGCUCAUUCCCCCAUAUUAGUGAAAGCUGUCACACCCGAGAGCACAGAUCCACAAACCUGCUGCUCUUCUGCCAAACCAUGUGCCAAACCAGGUGAGCAGGUUGAAGAUGAGAUGAGCCUUAAUCAAUCCGAUAACUGUUCUGAAAAAGAAUUCAGUUGUGCCAAUGUGCAAGGAGACACUGAGGUCAGUAUAUGUGACUUUGAUGCAAAUGAUCGCCAGAACAUUGUUGCUGAUGUGCCAAACCUAGGGUCAUCUGUACCGUCUGAGACUCACUCUGAUAGUCUAAGAAUCAAAUUGCCCACAACAAACUGUAAUACUGAGCCAAGCAUGGAUCAUUCUCCCAUGAUAACGACCUCCGAAGUCCCUGUCAGCAUUCAGAAGAAUCAAGAAUCAAGGCCAGACGAGCGCCUACUAGACCGUAAGAAUCUACACUCGGUGGAGCCCGGCGAUCUUGCAAUACAGAGAGAUUGGUCUCCAGACACAAAGAAUACAGUUGUGCGUGAGGGCCGCACUCCAGUGGGUGCUGAAUGUAGCGCUACAGAAAAGAAAAGGAGGCCGUCCAUGUGCUCACCUCAGCAUUGGGAGGAAUUCAUCACAGAGCACGGAGAACUUGAAGUUCAGCACUCUGACAAAUCCUCUUCACGAGGCUUUAGCGCAACAACAGCCAAUAUAACUGUAACCACUAUUCACUCCCUGCCUAAACCUGCCCCUACCACCACCGCAGCCAUAGCAACAGCCAUCCCAGCAUUAAGCGAGGGGGAGGUGGGGGCUAGAGGUGGAGACUUGCUGCCUCUGGUGAACUCAGAGUUGCUAUCAGAGCCGGCAAGAGUUGACGACAAGGACAAGGUGGCCGCUGACGAGGGGUCUCUUGAUGUGGGCGAGGAGGAGGAGGAGGAUGAGUUUGGGGCAUUCAUGCUGGCAGAUGGAGAGCAGCUGUGGACGGAUGGGUUCAAUGAGGUCCAACAGUUGGCUGAGGAUUACAACUGUGAGGAACACACAAGUUCUGCUGAUGCAAAUGAACCCGCAUCCUGGGCAUCUGAUUGGACUGUAGUGCAGUCAUUCCAGCAGCCAGAGAGCACAUGGACUGCCUUCAGCCAGGAGACUGUGGAGCAGAAGAUAGUGUCUGGUGGACAGUGGUGGCCUUCUACCGAAAAGCCCAACCUUCCUCUCUCUCCUCUCCAUAAUGUGGUAAAGGUUUAUGCUCUGUUAUGUCUGUGUCCUGAUCUUGACCCUAAUGAAUGUACAUUAUUCCACUUAUUCCACUACUUAACAAAUUAAUAAAUGUAAAUUAUUAAAGUAUGUGAGAUAAAAGACCCUGUGAUAUGAAUAGAACAUCAAUAAUAGAGUUAAUCAUUCAUCAUACUAAAGAAUCAACGAGAAAAAGGCGAAAUAUUCCAUUUUAAACAAUCACGUAAU